AUGAAGACCUGGACUUCGGAGCACGUCUUUGACCACCCACGGGAAACUAUUACAACAGCUGCAAUGCAGAAAUACCCAAACCCCACGAACCCAAGUGUGGCUGGAGCUGAUGUAUUGGACAGACAUAUAGAUCCUUCUGGAAAGUUGCACAGCCAUAGACUUAGCACUGAGUGGGGGCUGCUUACUGGUGCAGCAAGAACCAAAACAUACAAGAAUAUUCUGCAAGAAUAUUCUGUAGAGAAAACAAUGGAACUCAAAUCCACUAAUAUUCCACUUACAAAUAUGGUUUCAGUAGAUGAGACACUUAUAUACAAACCACAUCCUCAGGCCCCAGAAACAACGGUUUUGACUCAAGGACCCACAAUCACUAUGCAAGGAGUCAGUCCCAGUAGUUAUCUCGAAGGACUGAUGGCAAGCACGAUAUCUUCCAAUGCUAACAAGGGCCAAGAAGCAAUGGAACGGGUAACACACAGAUUAAAUGCUGAGACCGAAGAACUGAUGGCUUUGGCAAGAGGGCGCAUAAGGACACCAACAGUGGCGGUGGCAGCAUUUGUAGGGAAACAAUGA